CACGGAGCGGACCCAAGCGGACCCGGGCACUGCGGUCUGGCCUGGAUCGUGGAGCACGGACUCAGGUGCGCGGUGGCUGGAGCCGGGGCCGGAGACAUGGAGCGGCCGCCGGACUGUCCGGCGAGGGACCCCGCGCAGCAGCCGGACAGCAGCAUUCAAGGAAAAUUGAACUUUGAAACCCGGAUGCGAGAGGGAAUAUGUAAACUCCUUUUACUGAGUACUCAAAAAGACCAACUCUUGCAGGCAGUGAAAAAUCUGAUGGUCUGCGAUGCUCGAAUUACGGCUUAUAGGCAAGAACUGCACAAACUGGAAGAGCAAAUGGGAAGUGGAGCUGAAAGAUGGUGUGGGGAUUCCAAAACUAAAGAACGGGCUGCUUGUAAAGGAAGGAUUGCGCUAUCAGAUAUUCGAAUACCAUUAAUGUGGAAAGACUCUGAUCAUUUCAGUAAUAAAGAAGGAUCACAGCGCUAUGCCAUUUUUUGUUUGUUCAAGAUGGAAGCUGAAAUCUUUGACACCGACAUGGUGAUUGUUGAUAAAACAAUCACUGAUAUAUGUUUUGAAAAUCUAACUAUAUUUAAUGAAGCAAGGCCAGACUUUCAGGUAAAGGUGGAGGUCUAUAGUUGCUGUGCUGACGAGCUGUCUCUAGCAAAUGCGCCGAAAACAUUGGCCAAGAGACUGAGAACAUCUUUCAGUAAAGCUACAGGGAAAAAAAUCAAUUGUGGACUUCAAGGAAAUGACCUUGAAACUGACUUUCACUUCAACCCAGCAAAAUUGGGUGUAAAGUACAGUUUGCUAGCCCAUGCUACUUUGACCCUGGAAAAUAUUGAUGACAGCUUCAGGACCCAUACUCUCACUGUUACUGGAAAUGAAGAGUCAUCAUUUUGGCUUCCCUUGUAUGGCAGCAUGUGCUGCCGAUUAGCUGCUCAGCCAGCUUGCAUGGCUGAAGAUGCAUUCAAAGGAUUUCUGAAUCAGCAGCUAAUGGUCGAAGGCCUAAUUAUGUGGAGAAGGCUCUACUGUGUGCUGAGAAGUGGCCAACUCUUCUGCUAUUACAGCCCAGAAGAAACUGAAGCUAAAAUGGAACCCACUUUGGUAGUGCCUUUUAACAAGGAAACCAGAAUCCGCACAGUGGAUAACGAUCCCAAGAAAAGACCGAAUCGCUUCUUCGUGAUCAACCUCCUGGGUGAUAAGGUGGUGACCCAGACGUUUGCUGCUGAGAGCUCGGAAGAGCUUCACAAGUGGAUGGGCGUUUUCAGACAGCAUAUUUUUGACCUCAGCCAAUGGAAGCAUUGUUGUGAAGAACUUAUGAAAAUUGAGAUUAUGUCACCACGGAAACCACCUUUGUUCUUGACAAAAGAGGCGACCUCAGUCUACCAUGAUAUGAGCAUUGAUUCCCCAGUGAAACUUGAGGGUUUAACUGAUAUGAUAAAGAAGAAAAUUGAAGAUUCUAAUGGGCAGUUCCUCAUUGGUGAAAAACAACCAUCACCCCCAUGGGGUGCAUUCUUUGAUGGGACUCGUCAAAUAGUCUUCGAGAAAAAUGUUGAGGUGUCUCCAACAAAUGAAGAAUUAAGUAAUAAAGAUGGGAAGAGAAAGAAAAGGCGGGCCCCUCUUCCUCCUUCGGAUAAGCCACCAUAUAGUACAAAAGGACAGACAGAGGCAGACCAGUUGGACAAGGAGAACGUCUGGGAAAAGACCAGCUUCAUGUCUCAGACCUCCUCUUUGGAUACAUCAGUACGCAGACCUAUGGCUUCACCUCAUCAGCCACUUCCCAGUGGAGAUAAUAGUUUCAUUGGUGGUGAGAUCUUGGCCUCUUCGGGCAUGAAACCAGAUGUAGAGGCCAUGCCAGUGCCAGCUCCAGGACAGAAAACCGUCAAAAGUGUUCUUGACCCAAGAUCUUGGUUGUAAUCCUAGAUGUUGCUCUUCUGGAAUACAUGGCUUAACAAAAGCCAAUGUUAGUUGCUGUUAGCCAUUGAGGCUAUUGUUGCUUCAGAGGCUUUGAGAUGUAUUGCUGCUUAAUGACUGUGGUAACUAUUCAUAUUGCGAAUGGAUAGGGAUUUUUUAUACUAUUAGGGGAGAGAACUGGUUUGUUUCUUGGGGGGGGGAAUAUAUUUAUUUUCUAUGCCUAAUUGUCUCCAUGUAGUUUACACAACUGAAUGAAUGAGUCAGAUUCUAAACGUAGUCUUAAGAGUCUGGAAGAGUUAACUUGCACCCACCUCAACACCAGGAUUUAAAACUUUGGCCCCAGGGAAAAUAAGAGCUGAAAAAAUUGAAGGUUGUUAGGAAGAGAAUCUCUAGUUCUGUUAUUAAAUAUGUGUCAUAUAUUCAUCCUGUGAAUUUUAAUGGGAAUCAAAGUUUGUUUUAAUUCAUAUUUCAAAAGUUUUAUUCAAACCACAAAUUGCCGAAUCCGCCCAAGAAAGUUUCUUUAAUAUUCUGGAAUUCUCAUCUGACAUUUCACUGGCUCCAGUUCAGUAUUAGUCACCAGUUUAUAGACUUGACCUUUUAAAUUCUUGGGAUAAAUUCUGGAAUCGUAUUGAAUUCUUCAUCUUUAAAAGGAAUUUUUAAUACACUAUUUAAAAUUGUUUCCUUGAUAUGCCCCAUAGCUGUGUUUUACCGAUAAUCCCUGAAAGUCAAAUAUCCCCAGUUUUGGCCUACAGAAAUUACACGUGACUACAUGUUCUAUAUGCAUUAUUGAACAAGAGAUUCACUUUUCUGUAUCCAGUGCUAAUUUCCUAUUGUGUAACACUGGAUUUUCAAACUUUGGUUUGUAAUUGAGUGCUUGGCCAACAUUUUAACAUUUAAUUAGCAGUUGUGUUCAAAGGAGAUGGCAGAUUAGGAAUUCUUAGAGAAGUUGAAUAUGGUAUUAAUUUUCCAUAUUUAACUCAGAUAAAUAGUGUUGGUAUUAAACGUGAUCUUCCUUUCUUAGUUAGGUUUAUAAUGUGUUGUCUCUGUUAUCUACCUAAAGUCAGAUUCUUACAGCAGUGACAUAAUUUCCAUAGGUGGUAAUUUCCAUAGCAACUAAUCAUGGUGACAGAAAUGGGAUUAUGAAUUCAAGGAGAGGAAUAAACAGCAGGAGCAGAUGAACUCCUUAAAGGAACAAAAAACCCUUUUCUUGUUAUAAUAUUCCUUGUAAGCAAGAACAGAGGGCGGCUUCUUAAAAAAACCUGAUCCAAAUUUCCAAACAAAGCAUUUUCCAUAAGGUGUCAGUAGCAACACUAACCAUCUCAAAUCUUACCGAAUUCUAAAUGUUGUUGGAAGAAGGAAAUAAAAAUACAGGGAUUAAAUUGCUGCCCUGUUCUCUAAUCUCUGGGGAUCUUUUUAAAGCUAUUAAAAGCUCCAAAUCUUGGAUCAGGCCUGCAUUAUUACAAUGCAAAAAUAAAUGCUUGGCCAAAAGAGCCUCUGUUAAUUUAAUUGGAGCCUUUAUUUUUUCUGAUGAUAUCUGUGGCCCUACAUGUAAUUUUUAAGUGUAGAAUAUGUAUGUGUGCCUAUAUAUAUACAUAUAUAUAUACAUAUGUACAUAUACAUAUAUAUACAUAUAUAUAUGUAUAUAUAUAUAUCUAGGUAGAAUUGAACACGUAGAAUGGUGCUGCUUUAUCUGGUAUUGGUACCUUUUUGCGUAGCCAAGAUACAUACAAAGAAUGGGGGAGAAUUUCCCAAACACUGAAGGAACAAGGAGAGACAAGAUCCUCUGUGAGAAGGCAACCCUGAAUACUCGGCUAGUAUAACUUAUAAAAGAUUCUGCCUAUGAAAUCCUAGAAAUAAAACUAACUUCCUUUCUCCAGUCAAAGAAGUUGAUAUUAAUUGCAGUUUUGAUUGCCCUUUUAACAAAUGACAUUGAAAGUCUAAAAGGAAAAUACCAGCAUUAAAAUGUAAAGUAAUUCUUUUUAAAAAAUAGAGCUGUUUUAGGCAGUAUUUUCUGUCAUCUGUUUCUACUUAAUUGUAUAUCUAGACUAUGCCAGAGGCAGAAUGGCUUGUGUCACUAGGCUCAGCCAUUCUCUCUUUCAUAGUUGGAACCACUAACCUCUCUGGAAACUUUUGAAUUCCAUCCUUCUCAUUUCUCAUGUAAAUUACAACAGGGAGGGAUUUUAGUUUGAUGUGAGUUAAAAGUUCCUGGCUACAAAAAAUAAUUUACACACCAGUCGUACCUUUCCUCAGUGGGCCACUUUGAAGGUCUUAGAGAUAGAUGUCUCCACUGUUUCUCUGCCUUUGGACAUGGAUGAACUGGAGCCCCUUAUAUUCUUCCUGAUGACCUCUUGGUUACUGCUGGGCCGAGACCAAGAAUAAUACAGGUUCUCUUUAUUUUAAAGUUUUCAUUUUAUUCUUUCAGUUAACAAACAUCUUUUCUGUCCCUCUUUCUGUCUCCUCCCAUGAAAGAGAAAGAAAAAAAAGACCUUUUAAUCAAUAUGUACAAGUCAAGCAAAGCAUGUCCCACAUUGGCCAUAUCUAAAAAUGUCCAUCUAAUUCUUCGUCUUGGAUUGUAACUUCUGUUGUAAAUAAAGCGAAUGAUAAUAAUUCUCAUUUGUAUAUCACUUUAAGGUCUGCAGAGUGAUUACAGAUAGGUAAAUUAUGUGAAUAGAUUCUAAAUAGGUAGAGGUCAAUUGAUUAUAAAUAGCACGUAAAGGAAAAUUUAUAUUGAUGGUAAUUUAAUAGAAAUGUAUAUGAAUUGAGUGACCAUUAAGCAGAAUACCCAACAUCUGAUUCAAUAAGGACUUAGUCUAGAGUAAUCCAAUCCUAUUUGUGAGCCCCAAGUAAAUUGUUUGCCCUUUUAGAGUUUCACUGACUCUGAGGUAUCUCUGGCACCAUUUGUGCACUAAAGGAAAUAACUCAUUAUUGUUACCAUAAUGUCUGGAAAGAGUUAAAUUGCUUCCAACCCCCCCCCCACAAAAAAAAAAAACCUAAAGCAGCUUCCUCUCUUGCUAUUGGUGAGAUCUGGGCCCUGUUUGCUUAUGGUUUAUUAGAUUAAGUAGCACAAAAGCAUGGAAUCUAGUAAAAAAUAUUUUAAGUUGUACAUUUUCCCAUUAUGCUUUGGUGUAGACAACUGCAUAAUUACCAUUAGGGUAUCUGCUAGCUCUUAAAAAAAAAUCUAGGAUAAAUUAAUGAAACUUCUUUCCAUAGCUGUUGUAAUAGAACAGGGACUUUACUGUCUCAUAGCUAUACCAUGGCCUAAUAAAUGUCAUCACUCUAGAUGUUAAAGUGAAAAUAUAACUCCAUAAAGUAAUAUGCUUCCUAGAAACAACUUCUAGGAAAUAUGCCUGUAAGAGGAUUGUAUAUCAUAUACAUAACAUGCAAAUAUUACAAAAACAUACAAAAGACAGGAAUAGGACUAAAUUAAUGACUCCCAAAAAUCUUCCUAUUUUAAGCAUAACCUAUCAAUUGGUAGGUAUUGGUCAAUCAACUAUACCACUUCCUACCCCAAAGCAAGUUUUCUAAUUUAAUUCUAAAUUUCUGUAUCCCCACCAGAUUUACAGUCAUUGUUGGGAGAUACUAGAAAGAAUAUUAUUUUCCCCCUAGACAGACACACUGAAUUGAAAGGUUUCUGGAAUAGGAUUUCCCUCCUCUUUCCUUCUCACAUACAUACCCUAUGGAAGACGUCCUUGUCAUACAAAAACCUUCCAGGCCUCUAUUAUCCCUUGAAGAAACUGUUGGAAGGUAUUGAGUUAAACCCAUGAUGCUCAUCAAAGACCUGUUUGUUUUAUCUCAUUUCCAAUAAAGGGUGGCAGUUUAUGAUAUAGAGUAAUGUAUGCUGAGUUGUAAAAAAAAUGCUGGUUCAGCUUUAAUGAAUGGGCUGUCCUUUCACAUUCCUUGUGUGCCCCUUUAAAUUGUUUCUUCGUGUAGACAGACGAUAAACUUGAAACACAGCCUUUUUUGGCUAGAGACUUCAGCCCAAUCUUGGUAAUGACGGUCUAAUUGGUGAAACUUGAUAGAGCUAAUAGAUGUAUGGCAAUUCUGUGAUGCUAUUCUGAUGCUCAGAAGAUGACUCUGGUAGCACAUUUGCAUUUUAUGCCCUGCUAUGUGAAUUCCCUCUAAUAGCAUUAAUGUAUUUUUAAACAAUGACAGUCACAGUGUGGUUAAAUACAAAAAUAAUAGAAUCACAGAGUGGGGACGGAGAUGUAAAUCUAGAAGGCAUUUGGUUAGCAUAUAAUUUACGCCUCCUAAGGUAAACAGCUUUUCAGGAAAUAGCAGACAUACCAAUUCUCUGGCGAGUUUUGCGAAAUCCAUUUUAACUUUCUCAGGUACCCCCUGACCUAUGACAGCACCUUUUUAAGUGGAUUCAAAUGUAUGUGGAAAAGUUAAAUCCAUUUAUAAAUGCCUUAUCUUUGCCCUUUAGGGUUCUAUUAAAUGUAUUUUACCUGCUACUAUUAAAAAUGGAAAUUGUGAUGAUUUAGAGACAACCCACGUAAGGUCAGUUAGACAUGUUUGUAUUGUAUAAGCAGUCAAGUAUUUCUUCAGGCAUGGAUUCAAGCACCUCAGCCACCUGCUGAGAAGUUAAUUAGUUCAGCCCCAAAUGGAAUUAUAGGGCAGUGUGGUACAAUUUAUGUGAAAUGCCAUUUUAAAAAGCAAUCACCUGUAAUGCGGGGUGAGGAGAGGAGAGGUAGUGGAGAUAGAAUCCUACUCUGAACUGGCAGACAAAUGCCAUUGCUCCAAGAAUUUUUUUUUUCAGUAUGGAAGGAAUUUAGCAAAACACAAAUUGUGUUUUAAGAGUGAAAUAUUAAAACACUAAUUAAACUUUAACUGAUGACAGUUUAAUUUCCUGGUACAUCUUAAAUGUUCCAUUAGUCUUAAACUGUAAUGUAGAUGGCGAUGUCUUUCCACACUUACAUUUCAAAGGCAUUGCCGAAGUUAAAUGUUUACGUAUUUACUUUUAAUUACUUUAUGGGUACCAAUCAUAGGCAAAGGUUUGUUCUGGAUGGUCUAACCUUGCGGUUAAUGCUUUUUAGCUUUAACAACGAGGAAGUACCACUUUUAUUUUUGAUUAAAAGUUUUCAUCUGACAUGAAAUUGUUUAAGGAAUGUUAUUUUGGCUGAGAAAUGUAUAAUUUGUAUUCUGUAUGUUUUUUCUGCUUAAAAUCUGUAUUAAACUGAAAUUUUUGGAUUAAAGGGAUCUAUUAUACCAA